CCCGAGGUCGAAGCUAGCAAUGGUAGUUUCGUUUUUGCAUUGAGACUUGAAAGAGUUUGGUUUUUCAGAGAAACAGAAAGAGAGACACAAGGAAAGCUGAAAUCAAGAACCAAAACCCAACAAACAAAUAUCUCAACAAUCCUCUGCUUGCCCAUUUUACCCAACACCAUUCUUUCUGUUUUUUUCUUUUCUUCCAUCCCUUCCCAUCAUCAUACGAUUCAAGAAAUCAGUGCCCCUUGUUGUCGGAUGGGCGUUUCUUUUUCCUACCCAUUUGCAAAAUGCAGUGAUGCGGACAAUGGCUUAGAAUCUGUCAUUGUGAAAUCCGUUAGUUUUGGAGAUGAUGAAGUCAAAACACCUGUUAGAUCUAUCAGUUUCAAAAGUUUAGAUUCAGAGCCCACGAUAUUAAAAUCAGUAGGUUCUGGAAAGAUGAUACUGGAGGGAUCUGUUAGCUUUAAAGGGAUAGAGUUGGAGAGAAUGCUUUCAGUUAAGACUCAAUUAGGUAGAGCAGAGAAUUUGCCCAUUAAAGCUAUCAGUUUGAAGAGCAAAGCAAUAGAUAUUCAAACCCCAAAACCCGAUACAUCCGUAGAGACUCCAAAACAAUUACCAGUUUUGGAUCCCAGCAAUCCACAACAUGAGGCUGCAAUAAGAUUGCAAAAAGUGUACAAGAGCUUUCGAAUAAGGAGAAAGCUAGCAGAUUGUGCAGUUCUUGUUGCACAGAGCUGGUGGGAGCUCUUAGAUUUUGCUGAACUCAAGAGGAGUUCUAUAUCGUUCUUUGAUAUAGAUAAACAUGAAACUGCUAUUUCACGUUGGUCAAGGGCGAGAACUAGAGCUGCUAAGGUUGGAAAAGGUUUAUCAAAGAAUGAUAAAGCUCAAAAGCUUGCUUUGCAACACUGGCUUGAGGCAAUUGAUCCAAGGCAUCGUUAUGGACAUAAUUUACACUUCUAUUAUAAUCAAUGGCUCCAGUCUCAGAGUCAAGAACCCUUCUUCUACUGGCUGGAUAUUGGAGAAGGGAAGGAAGUAAAUCUGGAAAAAUGUCCUAGAUUAAAGCUUCAACAGCAGUGCAUCAAAUAUCUCGGUCCGAGGGAAAGGAAGCCCUAUGAAGUUAUUGUGGCAGAUGGAAAGUUCAUCUACAAGCAAACAGGGAAGCUUCUCCAUACCACUGGAGAAGAUCGCGAUGCUAAGUGGAUUUUUGUCCUCAGCACAUCAAAGAUCUUGUAUGUUGGCAAGAAGAAGAAGGGUACAUUUCAACACUCUAGCUUCUUGGCUGGAGGUGCCACCAUUGCUGCUGGAAUAUUAGUUGUUGAUAGUGGUGUCCUCAAGGCUGUUUGGCCUCACAGUGGUCAUUAUCGUCCCACAGAAGAAAAUUUUAAUGACUUCAUUUCAUAUCUAAGGGAGAAUAAUGUGGAUCUAACAGAUGUUCAGAGGACUCCAGUGGAUGAAGAUGAAGGCUUGGUUAACAAACAAAGAAGCAGUAAUCAUCUCAGAUGCAACUCAUCUGAAGAGGACUUUAUUUUAGAGACUGAAGAGGUCAGAGUCAAAGAUUCAAUCAAAGUGGUAGUUGAUUCAAGGGUACAAGAAACUAGUGCUGCCCUUGAACGGCCCAGGUCAAGCAGGCUUCUCAACCUUAGCAGAAAAUUGACUAAUCUUGAAAUACCAAGAAGAACAGAAUUGUUUGAGAUGUCAGAUGUUGACCAUAGAGCUGUUGUGCCAUGUAACAAUGACAAUUCGGUGGAUUCUCCAUUGGAGGAUGGUUAUGAGACAGAAGAGGAAACCAUUGCUUCAGAGCAGGAUUCAAUGGUUCCAAAACAAAAGAUUGACAGAGAGGUAGAGGAUAUUCCUGAAGAGUCAAUUCUUCAAAGGAUUAACUCUAAAAAAGGAAUGAAGUCAUAUCAAUUAGGGAAGCAGUUGUCAUGCAAGUGGACUACAGGAGCAGGGCCACGGAUUGGUUGUGUGAGGGACUACCCCUCAGAACUCCAAUUCCGGGCUUUGGAGCAGGUGAACUUGUCUCCAAGAAGUGCGAGCGACACAAAGUCAUACUUUUCUCCUCGGUCUGCUAGUAGCCUGAGUCCUAAAGUUUCAACACCAGCAGGUGCCAGGGAAGAAAUGAGAAGCUUAAGUUUACCUGUGCUCAAGAAGGAAAAUUUGUUGCAGAGGAGCAUCCAUUCCAGAAUGCAGUCGUCCCCAUUAUUAAGAGGAGCAGUUGUUUGUAACAUACCAUAGUGGGUACAUUCCCAGUUGAUUCUUUUAGUGUGAAUAGAAAAGAUGAUAUAGGAAUUGUGUUUAUCAUUCUUUUCAACACUUGGUUCAUGUACACAUUUUUUGAUUUGUUCAUCUUGUAUCAUAAGAUGACAUAUGACAGUUGUAUUUGUAGGAGUUUUGGGUUUAAUGCCCUUUGAAUACAAAAGGAAAAGAAUUUACC